GGCCGGUACACGUCAUCACGCACGGCGUCUCGCGCUGGUCCACCAUGAGCUACAUGCUGCCGCACCUGGGCUGCAAGGCGGAGGUGGACGCGGCCAUCAGGAACGUGGCGGACAGGGUGCUGGUGCUGCGCUUCGGUAGGAGCGAGGAGCCGAGCUGCCGGCACCUGGACGAGACGCUAUGGAAGACAAGCCAUGAUCUGAGCAAAAUGGCCGAGAUCUACCUGGUGGAUGUGGGCGCUGUGCCCGUGUACACACACUACUUUGACAUCACGGUCACCCCCUCCACCAUCUUCUUCUUCAACGGGCAGCACAUGAAGGUGGACUACGGCUCGCCCGACCACACGAAGUUUGUGGGCAGCUUCAAGAGCAAGCAGGACUUCAUCGACCUGGUGGAGGUGAUUUACCGCGGGGCCAUGCGGGGCAAGCUGAUGGUGCGCAGUCCGAUCGAUCCGCAGAACAUCGCGCAAUACGACCUCCUCUACCAGGGCAUCUGAGGAGGCCACGUGGCCUGACAGGCAAACCUCACCGUGGGUGACCGUCUCUCGCGCCAGACGCGGUGGCCGUGUGGCUAAAGCGGUGCUCGGUUCUCCUCUGUGAGGAGUUUCUCGCUGUCUCUUUGUCAGAAUAUGACCGAGUUUGAAUCCCGGUCAGAGGUCAAACGGAACCGAUCGUCCCUCUGGGAUCGAUACAAGUGUUUGCUGCUUAGUGAGGGGUCUUUUCGUCACAGAGUGACCAACAGCCUUGCCCUUUGGGAAGGCAGGCUCCCGCCAUAGUAAUGUGGAAUUUUAACCAUUGGCUCAGAGCUGCCAGUAGAGAUGAGCGUCACCCGAUUUCUCAUUUGAGCAGAGAUUCUGUUUGUUUUUUGAAAGUGGGGUUGGUCAACAUUAGACUGAAGAGAACGGCUUCAUCGUCGGCGUGCGUUUCGGCUCUCGGCAUCAUCAUGAGACAAUCCAUUUCCAUAUUCUUGGUUCUUUUGGUAAAGUCACGUAGAUGGAAGACAAACAAUCGCGUGUUGCCUGCGCAGCUCGUUUUGCUUGCGCAGCUCUCGUCCCCCGCCCACUCACUUUGGAACCCUUCUCAGCAGUUACAUUUGGAGGCUUGCCCCCUCUUUUCACUCCGCCUGAUGAAGACCGCUUUUGUUGCGAUCGAAACGUGUUUUUUGCUUUUAUUAUUUUCAAUUUAUAAUUUGUAUAUUUUUAUUUUAUAUUUACGUGACUUUACCGAUAGAACCAAGAAUAUGAAUUCCUGCAGUCACGAAAGUUUUAAGUCAAAAUUAAAGCAAUUUCCAUCAGGAAAACGCAGCGAGCAGUGUAACAUUAUCAGAGAAUGGCCCCGCAAGUUUGUCACGGAACUACCUCUGAAAUCCCUUCAGGAGCCGAUUAUCCAUGCCCCAGGUGGUUGCCUCUGUUGUGUCCUUCAAUCAAUUGUCGUCGUUUGGCAAUCAUCUCCAAAUGUUUUGUUGCCGGAGCUGGAAAGUGCACAAUUGAGUUAUGAUAGCAAAGGUGUUUCUGUGCAGUUAUUGGUAGCCAGGCUCAGACAAUCAGCUCGCCACCCUGGCGGCUUAAACCUGAGUUCAAGCCCAGGUUCUCGAUGUUAUUGGCUCAGUGUCUCUGGCAUGACCACCAUGAACCCCUGAAACACCUGGCAGCUGUGAAGGAAAGCUUUAAAAAGCUGAACGUUUCAUGAGAGCGAGAUGCUCUUUUGUUGGAUCGGAUCUCCUGCCAGUUGAAAUUUACGCUCCAGGCAACAAUUAAAAAGCAAGCCAUGCACUAAGGAAAUGAGAAGUGCUUUCACCAGUAAUGCGAUUGCUCUGCAUCUGUUGCGGUUUGUUGUUUUAUUACGCUGGCCUAGAUGUAUCCGUAAGAUGUUCCAACAGGGUUAUUUAUCAACCCAAAAUAAAGUGACAUUUAUUCUA